CGCCCGCGACGCCCUGCCUACAAUAUCUCCCGCAUGCAGGACAGCCUGGAAGAAAUAACGCACUCCCAAGAACUGCCCUCGCAGCUCUGGAACUCCUGCCGGAACCCUACGAUACGCCCCCUCAUCAGACAAUUCCUAUACAAAGCCAUCCAGCGGGCUCACCGGGUAGGCGACUACUGGCUACCUAUUACUGGGUAUGAGAUGCGAGCAAUAUGCCCCACCUGCACAGAUUGCGCUGAUAACCUAGACCACAUACUAUUAGAGUGCACUACACCUGCCCGCGAAAUCGUCUGGCUGCUCACCGAAGACCUAUGGCCCAGCUCCUUCGGCAAAUGGCCCGACCUCAACUUCGGCGCAAUGUUGAGUUGCGGGAAACUCGCCGUCACCCUUGACUACUCUUCCCCGGCAAGCAAGCCCCACCCCGGCGCCUCCAGACUACUGCAGAUAUUGGUCUCCGAAGCCAUAUGCCUGCUUUGGGUCCUCCGUUGCGAACGGGUGAUCCAACAGAAAACUCAUACUGUAAAGACCAUCCUCUCAAGAUGGACAAAUGCCAUCAACCGCCGUCUGAGUAUUGACCACAUCGUAGCAAGCAAAAUAAAACGAUCUCCCAAGGAAAUAAGGAAAGUUACGAAUACAUGGACACACAUCCUUAAAAAUCCCGACUCCCUCCCUGAAAACUGGGCAGCACGCCCUGAGGUUUUAGUAGGUAUUAGAACGCCCCGGACCCCUACCCAACGGAUGCUCCGAGCGUUAUCUCGAGUCCUACACUCCCCGGCUCCCGCCGGGGGCCGUGCAUAA